AUGGCACAAAAGCAACCACUCGUCAACACCAUGAGGGGCUACGAACGCGACUUCGCCGCUCCUGCUCCGCUCGCAUCGAAGAGCGAGGCAGAAGCCCUGCUCGCCCGUAACCGGGAGCUCGUCGACGACACCCUGUGGCUGGUGUCUGAGUACUACCUGACCGUCGAGCUACUCGACUAUCAACGCAAGGUCACUAACAACAACAACCUGACCAUCAAAGAAGUUGAGGAGGGCAUCAAGAAGGCGUUGAAGAGAUGCGCUCACCUCAGCGGUAUCGACGAGAACAAAGACGUUGGUCGAUUCCGCUACGAGUCGUGCAAGCGACGUAUCGCCAAUCUCGAGGCGAGACUCGUCGAUGAGCCUGAUCUGGAGCAAUACGGCCUCAACGAUCUCAAGGCUAUGGUCCGCCAGCUCCGCUACCACGACGAAGACGAAGAGGGUCGCAAGAGAGUUACCUUCUUCGAUAGGGACGAGAUCCACCACCUUCCACCAGUCUCCGACGAUGCAGAAGACAACCCCGAGCUCGAUCAAAGCAAUCCCGACUUCGACCCCGAAGUCUCCGCUGCCUCCGCCGCUCCACCGACUACGACCGCUGCUCCCAAGCCUACGCGUAGAUACAAUCGCCGUGGCGCUGCUCCUCGCCCAAACCCCGACAUGCCCAAGCCUGCCGUCAAAGCUCGCUACGGUACCCAAGCCGCUCAGAUGGCUGAGCGCACCUCCCGCUUCGAGGACUGGGCCCCUCGCAUCUCGUACUUCGGCAAUCGCACCGAGCACUCUCGCCAAUGGGUUGGUUUCCGCAAGGCUCGCCGCAACCUCCGUAACGACGAGCGCAAUCGUCUGCGCAAAGAGAUACCAAGACUGGAGGAAGAGCUGGCAAAAUGCCGCAAGGACUUGGAGGAGAUGAAGGAGGCAGACGAGAUGGAGGAGAGACUGUAUGGGGACAGGAUGAGACAGGGCCAGCAAGAACAGGACCGUCUCGAUGCCUGGGAGAAGUUCCUCAAUCUGGAGAGCGACGUGGAGCCAGAGCUGGAUGAGUACGGAUACGUGCUUGCUUCUGCCGAGGGAAGAGAGGAGGGUGGUGCUGAGGAGGGAGAAGGAGAGGGCGAGGUGGAGAUGGGAGGAGUGGAGUAG